AUGACUGCCAUUCCUGCCCCGACUAUCGUUCUCCCAAAGGAAGAGUGGCCCGACGCCGAUUUUGAUUUCCUUGACGGUGACCCAAUCCAUACCUCUGAUGCCGAAUCAGACAAGGAGGAUGUUGAUGAUGAGGACUGGGAUAUUGAGAUGGAUCUAGGCAAGACUGGCGGUGCAAAAUCCAGAUCCAUCCUUGACGGCAUUGCAUCCCGCCUUCAGUCUGCAAAGCAAUCGUCCCAAUUAAUCACUAUUCGGCCCCCCCUUCCCGCAUCCCCUGAUGACGACGAAGACGACGAAGGUGUGUCUACUAUUAAAGUUGCUGCUCUUCCCAAGAUUUCCUCCCGGCCACCACCACAACUUCCAAUCGAUGAAGAUUUUGAAGACGCAUUUGCUCUACCAUCCGACCUUACACAGCUUUCCCUUCGCCCUGUUUCCCACCGGUCUUCCAAAGCUUCGCUUGAAUGGGGCGACAAGGACCAGACGUCGUCGUCGCAAUCUUCGGAUGCGUACUCCUCACUUGGUUUUGCUGACAAUGCUUCUUCGUCCAAUUACACUUCCGCGUCUCUACCCGAGACAGAGACGGAAGAGGAUGAGGAAGAUGACGGGGAUCUCGAUGGACUGGUCAUUCCUACGGGCCUCUUCGAGUCUGGCUCUGGCCGCAAGAAGCUCGCGAAGAUUCUGGAGACAAAGAAGAAGACAGCGUUUUCAGAAGAUAGAUUGAAGGUGGCCAGCCCUGAUCCGGAGGACGAUUUUGAGAUCGGACUUGUCAUUGAUCAUGAUGUCGAGCUCAGUUCCAGCAGGCUACUGCAAAAUGCCCAGAGUACAAAACGGCUUCUCCCUGCAAGUAUUCGAAGUAGAAGUACGCCGCCUCGCCCCCCUGGUGUCAUUCGGCCUCCAUCGCGUGUCAAGAGCGAUCGUGCAAAGUCCCCCACUAAUCCUCCCGUAUCAUCCGCUCAACAGCUUAAACGACUCGCCACGCCUCCCUCGCCCCCUUCCCUUGUUCAACCAAUUCGCUCGCAAACAUACAGUCAAGUGCUCGUAUCUGCUUCGCCCUCGACACAGACGACUUUCCUUGCGCCAAAGCCAGGGAGUCUUCGUGUCCAGAAAUCUCAUUCUGGAUUAAAGCCGGCUUCACCACCAUCCACCCGUAAGCUUGGGCGCAAAGCAUCAUUGCCGUCACUUUCGGAAUCCAACAAUCAACCCCAGGCGUCAGGCUCCGGGUCGGGUUCGGGUGCGACGAGCCAAGUCGGAUACGUUGCACCCACCGCAUCUUCUCGUGCAAAAAUGCACACCACCAAUUCUGCUAGUCGAGUGUAUGGCCUUGAAUACAUCGUCCCACCCACCAGGCCCUCUACACCCUCUUCAAACCCUGCGGCACUUCGCCUGACGAUGCCCACAUCAUCGUCGCGGAUGAAAGCACGAACGCCGGUUUCAUCCGUCUUCCCUGUCCAACCUAAUAUUGUGGUACCCCCAGUUACACGAUCUUAUUCACCGCUACCACCUGUCCGUCCUCCAUCUGCAUCAUCCCUCAGAACACGCUAUGGUCAUUCACAAACACAGAGUUUGCCCUUACCAGCUCCGAAGGUUCUCAAACGACCUAAACGACAGAGGACUUAUGGAGAUGGAACCGAGCUCGAUGCAUUUGAGGAUUUGCCUCUCGACAGAGAGAAAGAAGGGCGUUAUCGAGUGCAGCCUAAAGGUCGUAUACCGGGGGCGAGUUAUGCUAAGGCUGCAAGUGCUGAUUUAGCUAUAAGCAAAGGCACCCUCAGGAGGAGAGGCAAGAGAGAACUUUCGAGUAGCAGUUCUGAAUUGUCAAGAGGUGUAGCACCUCCAGCGAAAACAUUGAAGCGGACGGGUCGAAUAGAUUUUCCAACAAAAAGUGAACCUCUGCAAGCACUAGGAUCGUCGAGAACAUUGGAACCAGAGAUUGUUUCGAAGAAGAAAGUGUUGUCGUCGCCGUCAUCGCAGACGCGAAGGAAACCGACUCUUAUACGAAAUCUGGGUGGUGCAAAUGCACCCAAGGUUGUCGGCGAGAUGAAGUGGAAUCCUAUCACCUUACGCUGGGAAGGUAACGAUCAGGCCUUGCGUGACUUUGACGCUGCCGUAGGCUCUUCUACUCGUCCUGCCCUCAUAACACACCUUACGGGAUCCUCAAUCGGUUCCCCAGUGAGCUCUUUCGCUGCAGGGGCGCGAGUCGUGGGCAACAUGAUCUUUGACCCCGCACGGAUGUGUUGGAUCUCCACAUUACCACCAGAUGAAGAAGAGCCAGAUGUCUUUGCGGACCUCGCUGAUGACGAGGAUGACGAAGAUUGGGAGGCAAAGGGCGGGACAAUCCGUGCAAGCCAACAGCUACCGGGUGCUACUCCGUCGGGCAGCACCUCUGCAACUGAACCUCCAAGUCCUGCGCGAAGCCAUUCGCGAACUCGGUCUGGUAGUGAAAGCGAUCGGUGCUCUCGAGCAUCUAUGGUAUGUGACGUGGACGACGCCUUUGCAGAGAUGUGCCGUCUUGGUCAAGAGCGACAUCGCGCUGAGAUGAAGGGUUGGCUUUCGUCGGCUCGCGCGACUUCACAUGGCGACCCGGAUCGUUCGUAUCUAUAUGAGAUACGUGCACUGGCGACACGUCAGUAUUGA